CUGAAGUUGAAAGGCAAGUCUUCAGAUUUGGAGUAAGAGCUGUAUCCAGUGUGAGUCCACAGGAAUUUCAUGGCUGCAGUCUCCUAGAAGAGUUCUUAUGAUUCAUCCAGAAUGAAAGAGUGCCUCCUUAUGAGGUCAAGGCUUUCAGAGGUAUAUGCAGCCUGUCACCUGGACCUCCUGGCCCUGCCCCAUUUCAGGAAAAUGGCUUCCCCUGCAGCAGGAAUUGCUGAGAAAGUGAUAUUUAGUCAAGUGCUAGGAAGAGUGCUAUAAAACAUUGUUUAACCUGCAGAAGGAGUAUAUGUCUGUUGUAAAAAAAAAAAAAAAAAAAAAAAAAAAAACACUAAAGAAAAACAUGCUUUUUAGAAAGUUCAUUUCUACUCUAAUUGUUUCAAUCUUCUCCAGAGGAAAUCCAUAAUUUUUGAAUGCUGGCCGAGGUCUGUGACCUCUGACUGAAUGGUUUCCAAGCUCCGAAUUCCUAGGUGGUGGUGUGUUUUAAUGUUUGUUUCUCUCUCCAUGAAAUAAUAUAAAGCAGUUGUGAUGCAUGCAAUAAAAUUCCAUUUAUAUGAGAAUGAUACGUUAGCUGUGUUGGUGAAUAAAAUCUGCUUUACCAACCUUCAUUCAUUUAUUAACUAAGAAUUUACUGGGACCCUAUUAUGAUGUUGAGAUGCAAUGAUUAAUCAAUAAAACAGUUGAUAGCUGUUCAACUUAUAGCACUUAACAUUUCGGUGUGGAUAAAGAAGAUGAGAUUAACACAGAUCAAGUAACAUGGAAAUAAAAAAGGAGACAAUGCUGGAUGAUACAGGGGCAGCCAACAAGAGGAGAAAACCCAAGCAUUGGCAAACGCCUCAUUAUCCAGAGAACACUGCAAAAGAAAGACUGAGGAGGCUUUCCCCUCUGAGUUUUUCCGUGGAUUGCUGGACUCUGAGGCCCUCAUUCCUCUUGCAGGAGGUAUGGAGCAAAACUGUGUUGAAUGAACUGAGGGGGCAUCUGUUGAGAAUCUCACCACCGCCCCCACCCCGCCCAGCCUUCAAUUUAAAGGAAUUUCUGGUUCACGUAGAAUGCAAACAAGAUCACAUAAGUGAGGACGACGCCCUAUUUACAAGUGUGGUUUGGAAGACUGAAGUGGAAACCUUGGGAAGGGGCCUCAGAGUAUGUCAGCUGGGGUCAGAUGGGAACAGGAGUCUGACUCAACACACAUUUAUUGCACUCCUGCUUCAUCCCAAGAAAUGCACCAAAAUCUGGGACUGUGUAACACAGCAAAGGAAAAGACUCAUCUCCGGGAAGCCCCCUUGUCUAGGGAGAGAAACUGAAUAUCAGCAUAAGGUGGUGAAAAGCUAUCAAGGAGGUGAGUGCCACGAGUCCAUGGAGGAAGGAUUCCAGCCUGCACAGGUGAGGAAUGGCUUUCUGGAAGAAGCAGAUGCCCCAGCUGAACUUUAAAGUGCCCAUGUGAAAUGAACUGUCUGUAUCUUCAAUCAGCAAAUGGAGUUGGUGGCCACUGUUUAAUUCUGGAAUGGGGAAGUGUAAAGGUGUGGUGUGUGUGUUUACCCCUACUUAGGGAUUCAAAACAGACAGUAAAGAACAAAAGUCUAGCCCUUUGAGCAUUCUCCAUGGGACAUUUGAGGUCUAGCUGGCCCCAGAGAAAGGGAGACAGAGGCAAGGUCAUAUCCAUUUGAGAAAAUCAAAGUGUCUGCUCCAAUUGAGUCUGGUGUCCUUAUUCCUGGAAUAGCCAUCCCUACUGCUCUGGUGCUGAUUUACCUCCUGCAGUUCAGUGCUUCCUGGAAGGUAGGCUGGGCUUUUUAACAAAGUGACUCCUUACUUGGCAUGUUUUACCCAUACACAGAGGCCACUGCACUAUGUGCAAGAAACAACAAAAAAUUAAAUGAGACUCAAUGCCUUCCUUAGGGAUCUAAAACCCCAGUAACAGAGAUAAACAGGUAAACAGAUAAUGGCACGAUGCUGUGAUUCUAUAGCAACAGGAAUAGGGCACUGCAGGGCCACUGAAGGAAAAGGUGAUGACCUGGCUUGGAUUCAGUGAUAAAAAGGGGCUUACCUCCUUUCUCUGUUUCUGCUAAUAGCCAGUGAUUACCCCAUGCUUUUCCCAUGUCAGGCAUAGCUAUAAGUACUUUGGACAUAGCGGCACAUUUAAUCAUCAUGCAACAAUAAGAGGAAGCUGAGGCAGACAGAAGUGCCCAAAGUCACAUACUUGAAGCCAGGACUUGAACCUGGGCUAUCCGGCUCCUGAAUCCAUGCCUUUCACUAAUAAUGACUUACCCUCCAAUGGGGAGCAAGCUCCAUUCUGGCCUUUCUUUAGAGAAGGCAACUGCCUGAGCUCAUGGUCUGAUCUGGCUUCUGGGAAAGAGAAAGCAGGGGAAACGUCUAGAGAUGGCAUACUGGGAGAAGAAAUUUCUUGCUGUGGAAUCCUGCCCUCAUCUCCCACCCCACCAUACACAGUCCCACGUGUACUUACACCUACACGCUGUAUACACACGAACAUUUUUUCCCCUACUCCCAUGGGCCCCAACUCUGCCUUUUCAUCAAAAUCACCCAGAGUUUUAAAUAAAAUGCUGAUACUGAGGCUUGUUCCUAAA